CUGAGAGGAGCAGCAGCAACUGAUCUCAGCAGCUAAAAAUACUUCCAGCCAGAGCUUGGAGCGUCUUCCAGAGACCCCCAGAGACUGACCUCCACCUGGAGAUUUCCCUGUCUUGUGUGUGAAGACAACCCCCUCUGUAUUACAGCCGGAGACUAAAAAUACUCCAAUCCAGGGCUAAGUGUGUGUGUGUGAUAGAGACCCCCGGAGACUGACCCCCAAUUGGAGCCCUCCGCAAGGGAGACAUGAGUCUGUCCUUCUGUGGGAACGACACAAACACCACGUACAAUGUGAAUAAUGGGGUUCUGAACAAUAUCUGCUUCCUGGAUGCCUUGAACCUUGUCCCCCAUGUCUUCCUGCUCUUCAUCACCUUUCCCAUCCUCUUCAUUGGUUGGGGAAGUCAGAGCUCCAAGGUUCAGAUCCAUCACAACACUUGGCUGCAUUUUCCUGGACACAACCUGCGAUGGAUACUGACCUUCAUUCUCCUCUUUGUCCAUGUAUGCGAAAUCGCGGAGGGCAUCGUCUCAGACACGAAAAUGGAGUCAUGGCACUUACACCUCUUCAUGCCGGCCAUUGUGGGAUUCAUCGCAGCAACAACAUCCAUCAUCUAUUACCACAAUAUCGAGACCUCCAACUUCCCCAAACUUCUGUUAGCUCUCUUACUCUACUGGGUCUUGGCUUUCAUCUCCAAAACGAUCAAGCUGGUGAAGUAUUCUCAGAACGGGAUUGGUCUGACUCAGCUGCGGUUUUGCAUCACCGGGAUAAUGGUCAUCCUGUACGGUCUGCUCAUGGCGGUGGAGGUCAAUGUUAUUCGGGUGCGGAAAUACGUCUUCUUCAUGAACCCCAGAAAGGUGAAGCCCCCAGAAGAUCUCCAAGAUUUAGGGGUGCGGUUCCUCCAGCCGUUUGUGAACUUACUUUCCAAAGCUACAUACUGGUGGAUGAAUCCGCUGAUCAUCUCGGCCCACAAGAGGCCUAUCGAUCUGAAGGCAAUUGGGAAGUUACCCAUUGCCAUGAGGGCGCUCACCAACUACGUCAGCUUGAAGGAGGCCUAUGAUGACCUGAAGAAAAAGGCCAUCGACCAGCCUCACAAGACGCCCUCCAUCUGGGUGGCCAUAUACAAGGCGUUCGGACGCCCCAUCCUGCUGAGCAGUACCUUCCGCUACCUGGCCGAUCUUCUGGGCUUUGCUGGACCCCUCUGUAUCUCUGGGAUCGUCCAACAUCUGGGAGCCUCCAAUGAGAGCAGACAAGAACAGGAUCUGCCGAAAAAUGCAUUUGUCAGCGUCUACUUCAUGUCCUCCAAGGAAUUUCUGGAGCAGUACUACGUAUUGGCCGUUCUUUUAUUUCUGGCCCUGAUCCUCCAGAGGACGUUCCUGCAGGCCUCCUACUACGUCGCCAUAGAGACGGGGAUCAACCUGCGCGGAGCCUUACUGGCCAUGAUCUACAACAAGAUCCUGAAGCUGUCCACCUCUAACAUGUCGAUGGGUGAGAUGACCCUGGGACAGAUCAACAACCUGAUGGCCAUCGAGACCAACCAGCUGAUGUGGUUCCUUUUCUUGUGCCCCAAUCUCUGGGCGAUGCCUGUGCAGAUCAUAAUGGGGGUCAUCCUGCUGUACAAGCUGCUGGGCGUCAGCGCUCUGGUGGGGGCGGCCGUCAUUGUACUGCUCGCUCCAGUACAGUACUUCAUCGCGACCAAGCUGGCGGAAAUCCAGAAGAAUACGCUGGAUUAUUCCACUGAGAGGCUGAAGAAGACAAAUGAGAUCCUGAAAGGGAUAAAGUUACUGAAGUUGUACGCCUGGGAGAACAUUUUCUGCUCCAGCGUGGAAGAGACGCGGAUGAAGGAACUGACCAGCCUGAAAACAUUCGCCCUGCACACGUCCCUGUCCAUUUUCAUGAAUGCGGCCAUCCCCAUAGCAGCAGUCCUGGCGACGUUUGUGACUCAUGAAUACGUAGAGAGUACAACACUGACUCCCGCCAACGCCUUCGCAUCACUGUCAUUGUUCCACAUACUGGUGACUCCGCUCUUCCUGCUUUCCACUGUGGUCAGGUUCGCCGUGAAAGCUCUGGUCAGUGUUCAGAAGUUAAAUGAGUUCUUCACCAGUGACGAGAUCAGAGAUGACAGCAUGAGGAACGGCGAUUCGCCCAGCAUGUUCGAAGCCUUCAGAAAACAGCCGGGAAUUCAUUCACGAGCCAUAAACCGGAAGCAGCCACUGAGGUACCAACUGGAUAGCUAUGAUUCCCCGCAGAGACAGAUGCGCCCAUCUGACAGUGAGGAAGCUGCAAUCAAGGUGAUUGGUGGAUACUUUUCCUGGGGAACAGGAUUGGCUACAUUAACUAAUAUAGAUAUCCAGAUACCGACAGGUCAGCUCACCAUGGUUGUCGGUCAGGUUGGAUGUGGAAAGUCGUCCCUUCUACUGGCUAUUCUCGGGGAGAUGCAGGCACUGGAAGGGAGAGUCUGCUGGAAUAACCCCGAUGACUGUUUCCUGUUCUCUGACAAUGAAGGAAGUAAGAACAGGAACUCCGUGGCCUACGCUGGACAGAAGCCCUGGCUGCUGAACGCCACUGUGGAGGAGAACAUCACAUUCGGGAGUCCCUUUAUCAAGCAGAGGUAUAGAGCCGUGACUGACGCCUGCUCUCUCCAGCCGGACAUCGACCUGCUGCCGUUCGGUGAUCAGACAGAAAUCGGAGAAAGGGGCAUUAAUUUAAGUGGAGGACAGAGGCAGAGAAUAUGCGUGGCACGAGCCCUCUAUCAGAACACCAACGUCGUCUUCCUGGAUGACCCGUUCUCGGCUCUGGACAUUCAUCUUAGCGAUCACCUGAUGCAAGAGGGAAUACUGAAGUUCCUGCGGGAUGAUAAGAGGACGGUGGUUCUGGUCACACAUAAACUGCAGUAUCUGCCACACGCUGACUGGAUUAUCGCAAUGAAGGAAGGAUUCGUCCUGCGAGAAGGGACUCUGAAGGACAUUCAGAAUAACGACAAUGAGCUGUAUGAACACUGGAAGACCUUGAUGAACCGCCAAGAUCAGGAGCUGGAGAAGGACACAGACGCUGACCAGGCCACCCUGGAGCGGAAGACCCUCCGGAGAGCCAUGUAUUCCAGAGAGGCGAAGGCAGCGAUUGAGGAUGAGGGGGAAGAGGAAGAAGAGGAGGAGGAUGAGGAAGACAACAUGUCCGUAGCCAUGCGUCAGCGCACAAAGAUGCCAUGGAGGACGUGCUGGAGAUAUCUGACCUCCGGAGGAUUCUUCCUCCUUUUCCUGAUGAUCUUCUCCAAAUUACUGAAACACUCCGUGAUUGUGGCCAUCGACUACUGGCUGGUGAAAUGGACGUCCGAGGCCAGAAAUAACACCAACUCAACGGGUGACCCGAAUCGGACGUACUAUGUGAUGGGGUUCAGCAUCCUCAGUGCUUCUGGGAUCGCCCUCUGUCUUAUCACAUCUCUGACUGUGGAGUGGAUGGGGCUCACCGCCGCCAGAAAUCUGCACAACAACUUACUGAAGAAGAUUAUACUGGCGCCAAUCAGGUUCUUUGAUACGACCCCACUGGGAUUAAUAUUAAACCGUUUCUCUGCGGAUACAAACAUCAUUGAUCAGCACAUCCCGUCAACACUGGAGUCUCUCACCCGAUCCAGCCUCCUCUGCCUGUCCGCCAUCGGGGUCAUCAGCUACGCCAAUCCCUAUUUUCUGAUCGCCCUCAUCCCACUGGGGGUCGCCUUUCACUUGAUCCAGAAAUACUUCCGUGUCACCUCCAAGGAACUUCAGGAACUGGAUGACAACACUCAGCUACCUCUUCUGUGCCACUUCUCAGAGACGGCAGAGGGACUGACUACAAUCCGAGCAUUCAGGCAUGAGUCCCGAUUCAAGCAGCGCAUGCUGGAGCUGACCGACACAAACAACUUGGCCUAUUUAUUCCUGUCAGCAGCCAACAGGUGGUUGGAGGUCCGAACGGAUUAUCUGGGUGCUUGUAUUGUGCUAACGGCAGCCAUCACUUCCAUCACCUCGGGAAUGAACUCCGGAGUUGUGGGUUUGGGCCUCACCUACGCCCUGACGGUGACCAAUUACCUGAACUGGGUGGUGAGGAAUUUGGCAGAUCUGGAGGUCCAGAUCGGAGCUGUGAAGAAGGUGAACAGUUUCCUGAACAUCGAGUCAGAGUGUUACGAGGGAUCUAUGGAUACACAGCAGGUGCCGGACGAUUGGCCGAAGACCGGGGAAAUUAAGAUAAGUGAUCUAUGUGUACGCUAUGAGAGCAACCUGAAGCCAGUCCUGAAGCAUGUCAAGGCGUACAUCAAGCCGGGGCAGAAGGUGGGGAUCUGCGGUCGGACAGGCAGCGGCAAAUCCUCCCUCUCUUUGGCGUUCUUCCGCAUGGUGGAUAUAUUUGACGGGAAAAUUGUUAUUGAUGGAAUCGACAUUGCAAAACUCCCCCUUCACACGCUGCGUUCCAGACUGUCCAUCAUCUUGCAGGACCCCAUCUUAUUCAGCGGAUCGAUACGGCUGAACCUGGACCCCGAGUGUACGGGUACGGACGACCGGCUCUGGGAGGCCCUGGAAAUUGCUCAGCUGAAGAACCUUGUGAAGUCUCUGCCAGGAGGCCUAGGUAUGUGUAAGGCCGCAGCUGGGGGAGACGUGUCAUGUGGCAACCCUACACCUCACGGUGGCCGCUCGUUCCAGGGCAGCACAGCGGGCGAAAAUUUCAGCGUGGGACAGCGGCAGCUUUUCUGUUUGGCCCGAGCAUUCGUGCGCAAGAGCAGCAUCUUAAUCAUGGACGAGGCCACUGCAUCCAUUGACAUGGCCACCGAAAACAUUUUGCAGAAGGUAGUGAUGACGGCAUUUGCUGACCGGACGGUGGUGACGAUCGCACAUCGAGUUCACACCAUCCUCACCGCGGACCUGGUCAUAGUGAUGCGUCGGGGGAACAUUAUGGAGUACGACACGCCGGAGAACCUUCUUGAGCGGGAAGACGGGAUCUUUGCUUCGUUUGUCAGGGCCGACAUGUGAACUAUUUUUUUGAACGCAUGCCAUAUUUUUAUAGCUUUUUAUAUGAAAAUGAAGUGUUUAUAUUUUGUAUUUAAAACAAAGGCGCGGUGGUCAGCCGGGCCUGAGAA